GGACGGCCGUUUUGUUUACAUUUGGUGCCUUCAGUGGAUUUUGAUCACUGAUAACUUUUCACCAAAGUUAGUUUUCUGCAGGAUAUUCACAGAUACCAACGAUCAAUCAUGGACAAAAAUCUUGACACAAUAAUAACGCUUCCUGCAUCAACAAAAAAAUACGUGCUGUAUAAGAUGCCAGCAGACUGGGAUACUCUGCCGGUGUAUUCUGGUGUUGAUGCUACCAUACGACGUGACAGCUUCGCAGUUUACACAAAGAAUAGAGGAGGCAGAAGCCUCGUCUACGAGGGCUACGUUCGGCCGCCUACUCCUGAGGAGCUGUCCAUGUCGACGGUGCUGCGACCACCGAGGCAGGAGAGGUUCACGAAGAAGUAUAAAACACUGCUGCAGAAGAUCAGAGCCGAUGAGGCCGAGGCUGAAGCUCAGGAACAUAUCACCUUAGAGUAUGAAAGGGGCAGCGUGGCAGGUUUUGCAGCAAGCAGUGACCCAAGGGAAGGUGUUGUUGUCAGGGCAGAGCCGAGGACCACGCCAGGCGUUGAGGAGACAGCUGAUGGAUCAGAACAGCAGAUAGAAACGGAGAAACGUAACAAAGCAGAAAAUCCAAAUGUGUCUCUGCAGAGGACGCAGUCCAACACCGAUUACUCACUUCCAAUGGACAUCAUCGACAGAAGAGAGAGUUUACACCCAGCACCACCUGGAGGAGGGACAGGAGAGGUUUUAUCUUUUACAUCUUGGGACACAGAGUACAAAGAGCUCUUGAACUUGUUGUAUCCUGAUCCAGAUCCUUCCCAGAACAGUUCGGCUCCACCAGUCACGGCUGAGGAUGGAGGGUCCUCCCCUAAAAUCUACUCGGACCUGUGAAGGCUGAGAAUCUUAACAUAUACUGUGAAUAAAUAUUUUGAGCAGUGA